AUGGAGUUAAAUAUUUCACUUUUAGUUUUGAUCAGUGUUUUCGCUUUUUCAAAUGGCCGUUUAGUUAUAGAUGAAGAUAACAGUCGUACUUUUGAUAAAGACCUCUAUGACAGAGUAUUAGAUUCUGAAGAAUGUGAGAAGCAAAUGGCGUUUCUGCGGACAAACGACUCAAAUCUGUACGGACGAUUCUUGGAUUCGGGAAUGAGAACACCAAGAGGGUUGUUUAUGUUGAGUGGCGCUGACCUUGGGGACUACUAUCAAUGUCUUGGAAUAGAAGAAAAGAGACAAGAUAUGAAUAUCCAAGGAAAAUAUUGCUUCCUUCAAAUACCUUUUAAUCAAACCAUCGAGGUACCGUUUGCAGAAGAGUACAUUAUUUUACCACGACGUGACUUCACUAAUAUGAAAAUUGUACACUUUGAUAAUGGAAUAAUUUCUGAAGCACAAAGUUUUGCAGUUGGGAAAAGAGAUAACAUAAACCGUGUCGAAGUUCAAGAUGUCAUCUCAAAAGCUGCAAUGAACGUGGCCAUUUGCAUACCCAAAGUUUGUACCUCGCUACAAUUUACACAGCGGAGUUUCAAUUUGAGCUCCAUAGGUUUCCAAUUUGAGGAACAAUUUUGUCGUCUACCCAAUGACAAGCCUUGGGUACCUGUUGAUUACGUAGCUAUCGUCAUUUUCUCCUUAAUUGCGCUCUUAACAGUGCUUGGUACUGCGUACGAUAUCACUCACUUAUUCAUCUUAAAGAAGGAUCCAAAGAGCGCUAUUAUCUACAUCCGCAUGUUCUCAGUAUACACAAAUACUCGUCGUCUCGUAACAUUUGCUCCAAACGCGAAUGCGCUAGACUGUUUAGAUGGAGUCAGAUCUAUUUCUAUGAUGUGGGUUAUCGUGGGCCACGCCUUCUCCAUGCACAACUUCAAUUACAAUCUCUUGGAUGGAAUUAAAUGGGUAACUUCCGGAGACGCAGUUUGGGUAUCAACGGGGCUCUUCUCAGUUGAUUCGUUCUUCCUAAUGGCAGGACUUUUGCUCGUCUACACUUCCGUUGGAAAGAUGUCUGGAACUACAUUUCUGAAACGCUUACAUGUAUUCUACAUAAAUCGUCUUUUACGAAUGUUCCCGCUGUUAGCUUCGCUAGUUCUUCUAGAAGCUUCUGUAUUCCACCGCAUGGUAGACGGUCCAUAUUGGGUCGAAGUUGCCCGUAACGCAGAAAGAUGUCGAACUUUUUGGUGGACAACGUUAUUACAUGUUCAGAACUAUGUAAACCCCGAUGAUAUUUGUAUACGUCAUUCUUGGUACAUCGCCAUUGAUAUCCAACUACACAUUGUAUCGCCACUCGUCCUAUUUUGGGUUCUUGGGAGUAAUAAGAAGGCAGCAUGGUCUGCUCUAGUAUCUGGAUUGCUAGCAAUUCUUGCCGCAUCCACUAUAUGGAACUUUAUGAAGGACAUGCCCGCUACUAAUAUGACAAUUCCACGCUUAGAAGAACAGCCUUUCUACAUGAGAAAUUACUAUAUGAAUGCUUUAACACGAGGUUCCCCAUUCUUCGUGGGCAUGAUUGUUGGCUACAUCCUAAACAUCUACAAAGGACAAGAAAUUAGGUUAAAAAAGAGUUUCAUGCUGGUUUCUUGGACAAUAGCCCUUGGAUUGAUUGCAUCUGGCUUCUACACCUCUUACUUAGUCAUGCAACUUGACUGGGAUAACCAGGUUGGAGAUAAUCUAUUCAAUUCCUUUAUGCGAGCUCUAUGGGCUAUUGGACUAGGUUGGAUUAUCUUUGCCUGUGCUAAAGGUUAUGGAGGCCCCAUAAAUUGGUUACUAACACUUUCGAUCUGGAAGAUCCCUGCUCGAAUUUCAUUUGCAAUGUACCUGUAUCAUUACCCGAUUAUGUUUCUGGUGGCGGGUAUGCAAUUGUCGCCCCAGUUCUUCAGCCAAGGUGCAAGGAUAUUUGACUUCAUGGCGUUUUUAGUGAUCUCAGUGUGGGUUUCAUACUUAGUCACUGUGGUUAUUGAUGCGCCUUUCUCUACUGUUAUCAAAAUGGUCAUAGGAGCAGGUCAAAAGAAACGCAGUCCGCGAACGGAAAAAGUUGCGGAUUUAUCAAAACCAUCAGCGUUGCCUGAAAAGGACAGAUCACUGUUAGAAAAUAACAUUAUAUUAACAACUCUUCAAAAAGACGACCAUAUUUUAGAAAAGAAUGACCUUUCACUGCAGAGGAAUGGACCUCUUCUAGAAAAAAGAGACCUUCAAUUGCAGCAGAAUGGACCAAUAUCAGAGAAAGAUGAUUUAUGCGUAGAAAAGAAUGGACGUGUUAAAAAUGAUUUGGAGAGUAAUAUAUCCUUAAAAGAAGAAAGUGUUAAGCAUUUGGAUAAAAACGAGGUUUUGGUUAGAGCACAAUUGGACAGUGAUUUAGAAACGAAGGAAGUUUCCAAAUUUUGAGAUGAAGGAAUAUCUCAAAAUUGGAAUACUAACUUGAUCUGUUAGACUAAGUAAAUAAGAUUUACGUAACCAUUUAAGUUGUUUAUCUAGUAACAUUUCUUUACGAUCGGCCCAUGGGGCAUUCGGUACAUCAUGCGGUUAUAAUGUCCUAUGUGCAGCAGUAAAAUUUAUAAGAUUAAUUAAUUUAUUAUAAUAAA